AUGCCACUGGAACCACAUGAGAAAGACCUUCUGCACUGGUUGCAUGAGCAGUCUGAAGCGAACAAUCUGAGACUUUUCAGAGAUUGUCAGGGACACUGGCGAUCUGAUCUUCUUCUUCCUUCGAAUCACCCAGGUACUGUCAAGAUCUGUGAGAUCAACGCACGAUACUCCAUCAAUGCACAGCACCUUGCAGCCUAUGGCUAUCAGAUAUACGAGGAGAUGGCGGCUGAAAGAGGCUGUGUCUUUGCAGGUGCAGACGCACGAAAGUUUAUCAAGAGUCAGCUAGAUAUUUUCGAUCCGAAGUACCCAAUACAUAUUGUGCGCGACCAGUAUCGAACGCCCUUCAUUGACAUGUUCGUCUCCUUUGCUGAACAAAGUGGAAGAAUUAGUGCGACUAUAAUCAAGCCAGCAGACCUUCGCUUGAUCAAGAACGGGGAGCGUCUGGACCCGUUCUUCUUAUUCACGACCAAGCGGAUCCUUGGGGUGCUCCUCCAAGAGCUUGACGGCCUUGUCAGCAAGCAAGUCCUUACACCAGACCAAGCAGCGAUCCUCCGGCACGGCGUCGUACCUACCAUCAACCCUGGGUCUCCGGAGCUGAGCAAGUUGAUCGGCCAGCAGAGCCGAUCCCUGAUUCAUAAAGACAAGUACAUCAUCAAGCCGGUUCGGAGUGGUCGAGGGGACGGAAUUCUGCUCGGUAGGGAGCUGUCCGUCUCCCAGUGGGAAAGUCUCUUGCUUGAUCUUCGCGACCCUGAUCUUGAACCAGGUCGCACUAUGUAUAUCAUCCAGCCACUGAUCGAACAGCCAUUGUUCGAGCUACUCGACUAUCGUGGGGAGGUCCAACUCCAGUCCCCUUGUAGGGUCUUGCCACCUGGCCAAUGGCAACUUCACUGGCCUUGGAUUCUGGAGAGCCGGCGGCACGAGAAUCUGCAUUCUCAACAGUGGCGGGUUCUGGAUGCUUGGGGUGGUUUCUCGUCCGAAUUGAUUUUGAGUUAAGGCGAAGAGGUCUUCAUCCCUGGGAAAGGAUCAGCUUCAUGACAUGGCUGGCGCGUUUGAAAACCCCCUGCACCUCCAGAUGUUUCCAUCUGCGGUUGAAGACAAAUCAGUCAGUAGUGAUAGUUAGUCGGUCAUUCAUAACAAUUCAAAUACGAAAGCAUCCUGUUUGAUGUUGUCUUAUCUCGA